CCACGCGCACCUGCCCCUUCAAAGUUAGGUUCAAGUUGCCUCGGAUAUCACUCCAGCGCCGAAUGCAUUCCCUCCCCCAGGUGCAAUCAAUUGUAGGGUUGGCGCGCUCUGGCUAGUCUCGGCACGCACGCGUCGCGUCUUAUGGACCGCGUUUGGCUGGAGCAAGAAAUAGCAACACAGCUGGACCUCGCCAGCGCAUGGCUCACCAGAACAGACGGAAGUUCUGACGAGGAGUGGGCGAGGCUCAACCUCUUUCAGGAUUCUGGAAGCUCUUUGCGCAUCCUCGUGCGUGUCUCCGAGGAACGUCGUGACAAUUGUUUGCACAUAGUGAAGCUUGAUCCGCUUACUCUCACCGACGGCGCCGCGUCGAUCGAGGCAUCUCUCUCACCUGAGUGCUACACGUCCCUCCGCGCGAGACAAUCCCAUAUACCACUCGCCGUGCGCAAGUACACUCUACGUUACACUCCAUACGGCCCGCCCCGACAUCGUAUCACUUUCACAUUGGACAGCGUCGAUCCCGAAUACCGAGCCGGUAUAAGCAAGCAAUCAUUCGGAGACCUAAGACCCAUACACCUGUGCGAAGACGUUGUUGAAUCUGCGCACAAGCUACGACAGAUACGGAUCGAAUCAGACCGGAGGUGCUUUGGCACUGUGGAGUGCAAGAGGGAAGAACAGGCCAGAAUGUCACCCGUGGGAUCACCAAGCGAAGACGGUAGCAAUGAGGAGCGUAAUCCGGACACGCAGAUGGCAUACGGUACCCAGGUGGCGCAUAGGAUACGCACACCAAGCAAAACCACAGGGCGUAUAACUGAGCCGGCUCACCAGGCUCAGGACGACGACUCCAGGAGAACCGCUCUACUAGGUCUUCUUAAAUCCCGCACUACUGCCGCUGCGCCUUCGACAAGUGACAUCACAAACGAAUCGCCCAGAGUAGAUACAGAUGGCGUUCCGAGUGGCCCGCGAGCGGUGCGUGAAAGCCUGCCAAGUCCGGGCCACUCAAGGGUAUCUAACAUAUUCCUGAACCCUGCUGCCCAUGGCGAUGCACCGAAGCCGCCCUCCGCCGGUGGCUUCUCGCGAACCUCGACUAGUCGUGCAUCAAAUGAAGGCCUGGCACCACCCACGGAUCGCUUGCAAUCAACCCGUCUGCCACCUUCUUACCCACGACAAAAUGCAGCCGACAAGCCUCCAGUAUCCGUGACAACGAGUAGUACCCUGGAAGAUCCCGUACCAGAGUGGCUGAAAGAUACAUGUCGAGCAGAUGGCUGUGGCAGAGUUCCUGGACCGCAACAGAAGCUGUUGUCGAGUUGGCAAAAGCACAGGGCCGGUACCAGGAAUCGCUUUCCUGACGCAAAUGUACCCAUCCACCUGUUCAACGCUUUUAAGCAAUUCAAGAUAAAGGCUACAUUGCCCGGCUCUGAAUCCUCCGACGAAGAGGGCAGCUCAGCUUCCACCACUAAUUCUCCUGAAGAAGAGGAUAUUCCGGAUGUUGGUACGGGAAUCCGCACGGACUCUGCAGCCUAUGCGGCACCCGAAGAGAAUGAUGAUCUUUCGGACGGAGAGGCCAGCACACCCAGCACCCUGACAUCCUGGUCUAGCUCGCCUCUCAGGGAACCCCCUGAAGCACCAUUUAGGCCUGGGCACAUUCUGCCUCCUGAUUCCAGUCUCCCAGACCAGAGUCCAGCAAGUCAAAGGGAGCCUGAACAGGCAAGUCCUGUUCAAGAGGCUCAGCGCGUUGUAGCUUUUCAAUCAUCCAGCGAAGAGAACAUAUCUGGGCCUCGUUCAUCACCCCCCUUGGUCCCUGAGGGUGAUGAUUCCGAUAUGGACAUGGAGAUGGACCUACCACGCGGAUUAGAGGAAGGCACUUCGGUCCGCAACAUCCCUCCUGCCGCCACGGCAACACUCAAAGCGGCGGUCGUUCAGGUGAAAGAAACUCCAUACCCUAAAGAAAAGAAUCAAGCUUCCCCUGCCAAUGUCAAUUUCUCUGCUCGAGCGCAACAGCAAACCUCGAGCGGGACUUCCAACGACACUUCUUCUACGUCCAUUAUAUUGGGCACCUAUCACGAUCCAAGCUCAUCAGCAAAGAGCGUUACUCAUGGUACGGACACCGUGCCGUCUCAGUCAAUUGCGCUGGUAGCAUCCUAUAAGCGUCACGAGGAGAACGUUGAGCCCGUUGAUGUCUCUAUGGUAGAUGCCAACGAUGAGCCACCGCCGCCAAGUCCAGAUUUUGAAGACCAGCGACAGCAUGCUCAUUCUCCAGCAUCGCCUUCGAGUCAUCUUGGCAACUUGAAUUCACGUCUUGAACCCGAGCAGCCAUAUGCUGAAGAUGGAAUAUCUUCCCUCAUGUCGCCCGGCUUGAGUCCUGUGUCUGGUCAGAGGUUGCAAUUAGUAGCCGAAGCGAAUGUGAAAUCUCAUGCUAAAAGAAAGCUUGAGCCCUCUCCCUCAACACGACGUCCAUUUAAACGAGGCAAAAUGCCCAGAUUCGACGGGUUUCCAAAGGCAGAAAGUACGGAUUACAGAGAUGAUCUGGAGGAAGACUAUAAAGCGCACUUGGAGGAAUUCAUACAGAGAGAAAGGGCUGCCUCUCGAGCUAGUUUGGCUAGUAACAACCCCGAAAAUAGAGCAAGUCCGCACGCGCAGCCCAUGUCAACUUGCGAUUCCAAAGAAGCCAGUCGUGGAACGGAAAAGGCACCCGAAGACCUGCAAGCACAAUCUGCUGUCAACACGGAUGCUAUGGAGCGUGAUGAACAUGUCGCAAGUGGCCAUCAGGAUGUCGAUCUAGAUCAGACACACCAGCAGGCGCGUGAAGGUUCUCCACGCUCUACUGCUGGCGGGUCGGAGCCUCGGAAUUCCGAGUUUGCCAGCAGUGAAGCAAAGCCUCAGAUUCUGACUCAGAGCCUCACACUAGCGCCUGAAGUCCCGAGAGACGCUGACAUGGAAAUCGACGACCUUGAGACUGGUGACAGCAGUGUAGGGCGACAUAUGGAAAUUGACGACCUCGAGGCUAGUGACAGUGAUAUCGAGGCCGCUCGGAUUGGCAACGCAGAAGCCAAUCAGAAGAUCGUUACUCAGGAGAUACGCGGCCAAGAUGCCUCUCAUCACCUGCAAGCCCGAUUAAGCACAUCUCCGCCUCCAAAUCCAGCGUUUUUGGCGACAACGCCGAAGGUGGUCAGACCGGACAUGCCAAUAAGCAAGUCAGGAACGAUAUUCGAAGUCUUCAAGACUACGUAUCCCGCUUACACCGGAGACAUCCGUCAUUUCUUGGGCCAAUGCAAGCAGAUGGAGAAACUUGACGAUCAGGAUAAGAUGGUGCCCAAGUGGCAGUGGGACGAUUUCAUCAUCCGCAAUCGAACCGACUACAAGGACUACGCGAACCAAUGCCUAGAUUAUGGAGAAGAUGCCGAGCCCUACUAUCGCUUCUACAAAGACAAUAUCCGCGAUACACUGUAUACAGAGGGCAUCAUCGCGAGCAGGAAGACGUUAGCUGCUGCUAUCGGAGAGCUCGAAGGCGGGAUUGCUGCGAAGGCCACUGCUGCAACCCGUAAAGAUACCGUUGCGAAGAUAUCCAAGUCACAGUCUUCUACUAGACGGUCUGACACCGAGAUUUUUGCUGCCAAAAGUUCUACGGUCAUGGCAAAGGCGCCUGUUUCGAAGGCGCCUGCAAGGAGUCAGGCUGGGCUAGAAGGAUCCAGCCCUGUUCCAAAUAUUCACAGAAAACCACGGCAGUCGCUCCCACCAGCCUUCAGCAAGAAGUCUGGAGUGAAGACAAGUACAGCACAUAGAACAAGCAAAGAGCGCCCAAGACAGUCUUUUCAAACAUCCUCAAGUAGAGAUCCAUCUCCUUUGCCUUCUUCCAGCGGUUUGAUCAUAGGCGCCGUUCAUCAUGCCCAACACGCGGAACCAUUCAAUCGGUCCUCGACAUCCCACAGCACGUCUACACGCCGUCCGUCGAUGCAGCGAACAAGCAGUGGGUCGCGCGUUUCUAUGGAGCCUACUGGCGACCCAUAUCGCGACUUUGUGUUCGCAAUGGGUCGGGCGAAAUCUUUCACAGGAAACGAUAGCGUACGUUCACCCUCAACACCAGCCCCGGGCGGUGGGAAUAAGUAAUGAGGCUGAUGUGCACCUCAGAUCGACUCCGA